AUGCCUCGGAGAGCAGUGUAUAAAGAUGGUGCAGGGCCAUCACAGUCAGCACCUCAACCAUCGACUAUUGUUCAGAUCACCCAGCAGGUUCGUGCGGAGUUAAGGGAUAAGUUGAGGGAGGAGCUGAGGGAGGAGAUGAGAGCAGAGGUAAAAAGAAAUUUUACAUUUGGACAACACUGCGAAACCGUUGCAUACCAGAGCAAGCAAGCACAGCCUGGUCGGGUUGUAAGAGAGAGAAUCAAGCCCAAGCUUUCUCUUCUCUCUUUGCCCUCAACUUAUACGCCGCUAAAAGGCCUAAAACCCUCUCGAUCAUCUACUAUUAGGGUUUUUGCUGCACCUGAAGUUUUGGAUUCCCAAGAAACCCUAGAUGGUCCUGACUCUGCUACGACUGAGUUUGGAGGAUCGGUGGAUCCUGGUUCGUCGCCGCUCAGUAUUGGGGUCGAUGCUGAGACGGUAAUCUUUUCACCGUUUAUGCUCUGUUUGGUUGCUGAGAAAAAUUGAAGGGAAGAAAGGACAUUAUGUUUGUAUGUAGAAAUAGAGCCUAAAAUAACCAUUUGGGUGGUAUAAGCUCCACAACCAUUUGCAUUGGGACUGUGAUUCUUGCUCUAAAUAACAUUCGUCUCUCAAAUUUUAUGAAAAAUAGAUUACAUAUGUUUUUACAUUUGAUAAGAAAGAAUAGAAGAAUGGUGAUUUGUUGAGGAAUUAACCAAAUACACAAUAGCAAGAAGAAUCAAUUACAAAUAAAAAAAGCAUGACAUAUAGAGAUACGCUGUUUGGCAAGAUUGGCUCACACUAGUUUCACUAUAUUGAAAAAAGAAAAGAAAAAGAGUACAAAUUGGCUGUUGUUUAAACAACAAUGUAAAUGUUAGGGUUCACAGGGCCCAAACUCCCACCUUCAGGCUGGCUGCCGCCAGCAACCUCUCCGCCCAACUCACUGCCAAGUUGGAUUCACAACUUCAUGGUGAGGUGUACAAUACGAAUGAGGCGCCACAAACCCAACAUGAUAAUCUUUUGAAAAAGAAUAACUACUCAUGAAAAUAGUCUUGCAUUGGAUAAGUGUCAAUUGUUUAAUUGAAGCUUUUGAUGGCAAUCUGUUUAGUCAAAUAUCUUGGAAGUCUAUGUAAAUCGUUCAAGACUAAAUGAAACUGAAUUUUCGACUAGAUAUAUCUUAUAUAUAUUUUUUAAUAUUCAGUAGUUUUAGGGGUUGUUUGGAAUGUUCUAAAUAAGUGCACUUUUUAUCUUUUUGAACUAAAAAAUUGAGGGAAAAA